AUGUGCGAUUUACAAGAAGAAGAAGCAUUGCUUGUUGCAGCAUUGUUGGAUGAAGAAAGACAAUUCAAUCAAAUUCGAAGAAAAAGAAGAGAUGUUUGGGUACAUGAUAUUAACCUGAAGCGGAAGCAACAAGGAGAAUUUCAUAAAUUGUACCCGGAACUUCGCAGAGAUGAGAACCGUUUCUAUACAUAUUACAAAAUGAAUUUUGAAAGUUUUGAUGAAAUUUUAGAUCUGAUAAAAAAUGACAUCACCCAACAACAAACAAAUUUUAGGGAACCAACAGAACGACUAGCUGUUACUUUAAGAUUUUUAGCUACCGGAGAUUCAUACAAAACGAUUGGGCACAGCUUUCGGUUAGGAUUUUCAACCGUUGCAACUAUUGUGGAUGAAACAUCUGAAGCUAUAUGGAACCGGUUACAACCGAUUUAUAUGCCAGAGCCAACAGAAGAAAUAUGGGAAAAAUCAAUCCUAGGCUUCAAAAAUGUAUGGCAGUUCCCCAAUUGUUUAGGAAGCAUAGAUGGCAAACACGUGACCAUCAAAUGUCUCCAGAAGAGUGGAUCAAAUUACUUUUCCUAUUUAAAAAACUUUUCCAUAGUUCUUAUGGCAAUUGUUGACCCCGAAUAUAAAUUUAUUUGUAUAGAUGUAGGUGGUUAUGGUAAAAAUAGUGACGGUGGUAUUUUUGAGACAUCGGCUAUGGGCAGAAAAUUUGCAAAUGAAACCAUGAAUAUACCACCCAACAGACCAUUAGCUGAUGAAAAUGAAGAGAUUCCAUGUGCACGAAAUGACAACAGCAAAGAGAGAUUUAAUUAUCAUCUAUGCAGAGCCCGACGCGUAGUGGAAAAUGCCUUUGGAAUAUUGGCACAUAAAUGGCGUCUAUUUUUUAGACCACUAGAAGUUAAAGUUCAAACAGCUACAAAACUUGUGAAAGCAGCAUGCGUAUUGCACAAUUUGCUGCGCACAAGAAACACUGACGAGCAAUUUUUGCAUUUACAAGAAAACUGUAAUAUUCCAUUACCAUUAGUUGAUAAUUUGGCGGUUGACGGAAGAAGAGCAGUAAACGAAGCUUUUAAAAUACGUGAAAAAUUCGUUACUUAUUUUAUUAAUUUAUAUUUCCAAACAAAUAAAAAACAGUACUUACCUUUUAUAUUUAAUUCAUUUCCAAUCUGA